CCUAUCCGCGUGCAGCCGGGCCUGUGACGUAGGAUUUCGGGAGUCGUGGGAGGACCGCGAGCUCGCCUCGAGUUAUCAACAUGGAUGGAGAGAAUUAGAAAUAGCACUCAGAUGAACACGUCUAACUGGCAGUUGGAGUUCCUGCUGUAGUACUAUACUUCAUGGCUUUCUUGCAGAGAGCUGGAGACUACUGCCACGCUCAGCAUCGGCGCUUUUGAGCCAGGGGACGAUGCUCUGCGUUGCACCCACCGGCCUGUACUGAUCUCCACCUCAUCAGCCUUCUCCCUGCCCCCUUGUCUGACCACCUGGCCUCAGCAGCUAAUGGGGUGAUCUUUGCGUUCCUGCCAAAAGGAAGCUUUCACACAGAGGCUUGUUAAGCCAAGGGAAUACAAUUUAAGCACCCCAAGUGUCUUGAAUGAGCCUUAGUUUAUUUUCAUUACAAACAAACAAACAAAAAACACUGAAUACAAUUCAGCAAGGCCAGGGCUGUUGGGUUUACUUUUCACUGCUGCGUAAAGUUUCUUGGAGAGUCUGUGCUGUGGAAAGAACCAGCAUGGCCCGGAUGAACAGGCCAGCCCCUGUGGAGGUGCGCUACAAGAACAUGAGAUUCCUCAUCACGCACAACCCCACCAACUCCACCCUGAACAGCUUCACAGAGGACCUGAAAAAGUAUGGCGCCACAACUGUGGUUCGUGUGUGUGAGGUGACCUAUGACAAGACCCCACUUGAGAAGGACGGCAUUACUGUGAUGGACUGGCCGUUUGACGAUGGUGCUCCACCUCCGUCGAAAGUGGUAGAAGACUGGCUGAACCUGCUCAGGAAGCGCUUCAAUGGAAGCCGGGGCUGCUGCGUGGCCGUUCACUGUGUGGCUGGCCUUGGAAGGGCUCCAGUGCUGGUGGCUUUGGCUCUGAUAGAGAGUGGGAUGAAGUAUGAAGAUGCCAUUCAGUUCAUCAGGCAGAAGCGACGGGGAGCAAUAAACAGCAAACAGCUGACAUUUCUUGAGAAGUACCGGCCCAAGCAGAGACUGCGCUACAAGCACCCGCAUAUCUUCAAGAACAAGUGCUGUGUGAUGUGAGGCUGGCACCUCCGCAGUCGCACCUGAGCUCGACUUCACGCCCUGAGCCGUAGUGGACGCACUCUGGCGGCCUGCCGUUAAUGUCGCAACUGAUUUGGUCUGACUGUCUCCCCACUGGUGCCUAAAACUCCCCACAGAGUGAAUACUGCCAUUGCGCCUCUCAGGUCAGAGGUUGCCAGGGGUCUCGCCCCCUCCCAGGUCAAAAAGAAGCACCAAAGUUAUCUAGGAAUGACACCUAUAAAAAAAAAACAAAAAAAAACACCUCAAAUAAAAAACUUUGGGCCUGAUGGACUAGCUGAUGUGAAGCCAGUGGGUGUCAUUCAAAAUUAUUAUUUUUUUGGUAUGUUUUUGGCCUUCUGUUUCUCUCGCACUCUGGAGACUCAGGUCCAGUAUUUGACAGCCUUAGCUCCUCUGUUGCUGCUCUGAGACACUGUCGCUUACUGUAGACUUUUCCCAUGACAUUUAGGAAUUUUGUGAAUAAGUGCAGUAAUGGAAACGGACUGUAAGGAUGUGAAGAAGGUCUCAUCAACACUUCUUCAGACAUGAGCGGAGACUUUGAAGUCUUGUGGAGAAAGUCAUGCCCCCUGUAUUAAAUGGCCUAAGAGGAAUAAAUAAAGGCUUUUGUGAACUUAGUAUCAAAAAUGCUUAUAUAUAAUGUGGUUUUAUUUGUUGAUCAUGUUCUUUCUCUAAGCUUUUCAUGAAAUGGAGAUGAAUUGUUCCAGAAGUCACUUUAUGUGUGAAAAUGGGUCUUUCAGGGUUUGGUGGACAUGGGUCCCUAUUAGUGAUACCAUUGCCUGCCUGUUGCAUGCAGGUCAGAAGACAUCUGACAUUGAACAGGUGGCCUUCUGUGGUUGAAUUAUUCUGAUGAGCUCAUGAACUGGUGUCAAAGUUUAAGAUGCCUCUCUGAUUUUGAGAAAUGCAUACCUCCUGCUGUAAUGAUGAUGAUGACUAUAAUAAAGUCUGUUUAUGAAUCA